AUGCUGGGAAUGCACGAAGAGGAGCAUACCGUUACAGAGAUGAAUGCACAUCCGCAAGGAAGUGACACGGAGAUACAACAAACCGGAGAAACGACCCACAUUGGGAGAAAGAACAACCUACUCAGCUGCGUCGACAACUUACUAGUAAAACUGAUGGUAAUUAACGAAUGGAAGGGAUUCUCCCACUUUCUCCUGAAUACCCAGAAUUUGCACCUGGACUUGGAUGAGUGUAUCCGCUUUUUAAAGAAGCAUUCCAAAUUCGUGGAGACAGCGUUGAUGUACAUACGGAUGAAGCAUUUUGAAGAAGCCAUCCAAAUGUGCGCCACGUUUCUGUGUGUGUAUAAUAGGUGGCUCCGUGUGGGGGAAGUCCAACAAAAGGAUGACCCCCCUGAAAGCAGCUUAAAUGUGGAACAGACUGAUCAGGAAUGGAAUAAUUUCUUCAUGAAACAAAAAUUUACAAAAAAUGUCGAAAAAGGAACAGCCUUAUACUCAUUGUUAAAAGAGAUGUAUAACAUACUCAUUGUCCUGAACGACAGCAUACACAUGAUGGAUAUAAAAAAAAGUCAAAUAAAAAAAUUAUUUGAAAAUGCCUUUCCUUUUCUCAUAAGAUUUAACGAAAGCGCAUUUUUUGAUUUCAUUAUAUCGAGGAAUAUUCUUUUAAAACCAGAAGAAAUUCUGAACUUGUUCAAAAAGAUGGAAAAGGACAAAUUACACAUUAAGGGAAAACAGUAUAUGCAAAAAUAUAUCACUACUUUUUUAAAACAUGAGAAAAUGAAUAAAGAGGUAAAUACUGGUUUGGUUGAGUUUUACCUGAACGAUGUGGAAAUGCCUGAACAAGUCAGGCAGAAAAAGAUUUUGCGAUUUUUGCGAUCGAGUUAUCCCUUGGAUGUCGCCCACUUGGCUCGGAUGGUGCCUCGCGGGCACGACAGCCUAGUCAUCCUAAUCCAGCAGAGCCUGUGCAUAUGCGAGAAGUACUGCCUUUACCACAGCCUCCUGUUCAAGGAUGCCGCCAAGAGGAUGGGCAAAGAGGAUCACGAUAAGCUUUUUGCAAGUCUGUACCGGAAUGAGAAGGAGGUCUACCGAGGCUUAUAUGAGCAGAUGCGGAAGAGAGCAGAGGAGGACGAGCAGCAGAAGGAAUCGAAUAACAGUCACGUGCAGAAGAAGAAGCAGACCUGCGCGAACAGAGCCAACCACGUAAGAACAAGGAAGAAAAAACUCAAGGACGCAUUCAUUAGUGGGAUAAUGAAAAACUACCACAAGGAGGUCUACAUCGGCAUGGAAAAAGGAGUACUAGGUAAGCUGGAUAACCAAAGGAGAGGAGGAAAAAACAGGAACAGUCAGUUGGGUGGAGAGAAUGAUGAAGGGAUGUCUAACGAAAAGAACGAAUACAGUUUUAUGUUAAGUCUGAUGGAACAAGAAAGGGAAAUGCUAAGUGAGGAUGAUCUAAGCGAGUUGUAUUACGAUGAUGGGGACGCUACCUUUGUGAAGGAUGUUGAAGGAGGCAAUCCCAAUUUUUCUGGAGACUCCUGGAGCGAUGUCUGCCUAGACAAAUAUAAUGACCCCAAUAUCGAUGAGGAGAAAAAAGAAAUCUACAAGAACUACGUCACGUAUUUACUAAACAAAUAUAGCCAUCACGGAGACUUUGAAAAUGGAUAUAUUCUUGAUAUGAUUCCAAAAGAGUGGGCUCUGGCAGAGGUCCUUCAUUUUGUCACUCUAAACGUAAAGAAGAAGACUAACCGUUAUAUGGACCUACACCAUUGCCACAACUUGGUCAAGGCUAACUACUUGAGUGCGUCGUAUGAGCUCAUUGGGAGUAAGGAGCAGCGACUGCUAGUCAAGGACAAGCUAAUCUGUCAGGUGUGCAAAGGUCCAAUCGCGGAGAAACGCUUCGCCUACUUUUCAGCCCAAGUUGUCACCCACAUGCAGUGCUUGGAGAAGUACGAAGAGGAGGCCCACCGAUGA